AUGUGUACCUGGCGCCAAUUGCGCCUAAGCGACCUCAAGGACGUGAUGCGUGUGGCUAGCGACGUCCAUCCAGGUUUGCCCGAACGCGAGUGUGUCUUUGCGGAGCGCAUCCAGCUCUUCCCGGAGGGCUGCUUGGCGCUUGUGAACAGCACUGAGAUCUGUGGUUACGCCAUCUCUCACCCCAUCCGUCACAAUCAACCCCCUGCACUGAACAGCAUACUUGGAGACAUCGCUCCAGAUGCAGAUUCCUACUACAUUCAUGACCUCGCUAUCCUAGACAAGUUUCGUGGAGGUGGAUAUGCGUCGGCGUGCAUCGCCAAGCUCCUCGUGGUUGCUGAAUGCUAUCCGGCGACCUAUCUUGUCUCCGUUUACGGCACCGGCCCGUUCUGGCGUCGCUUUGGGUUUGCCUCUGUCUCGAGAGAUUCAACUCUCUCAGAAAAGCUGCGGCAGUACGGGGAUGAUGCCACUUAUCUUAGACGCCAGAAUCGACUAGAAUAA